AUGUCUACCGCCGGCUCUAUCAACACUAGCACGGGCCAACAUCCCGUGGAUCCCUACAAGACACAGAACUUCGAGGACCCACCUCUGCCUCAGAAGAUCGAAGACCUCGCUGCUUUUGUUGCUGAGGUCAAGUUUGGUAUGCUUACAACAAAGCAAUCGGAUGGUGAAUACUUAGCUUCGCGAUGCAUGGCUUUAGCUGCACAGGAACAUGGUGGCAUUGACCUAAUUUUCCACACAAACCUCUUCUCCGGCAAAGCAAUGGACCUUGCUGUCCACCCCCAAGAAACAAACAUGUCCUUCCUUGACCCAAUUAGCGGCGCCUGGGCCUCCAUCUCGGGAACAGCGAGUGUCGUCGCAGACGCAGACACAGUACAGAAAUACUACUCACCCGCACUCAAAGCCUGGCUGGGUGACAUGGGUGAUGGCGUGCAUGAUGGUGGUCCCACUGAUCCGCGCAUUGGCGUGAUUAAGCUGGAAGCCAAGCUGGCGACGCAUGUUGUUGCACGAAAGGGAAUUAUUGGGAGAGCGGUUGAUACCGUCAAGGGAGCUGUGCAGGGCAGUGUUCCUCCCGUUAAUUCGAUCCGAGAAUUGAGUGCUGAGGAGUUGGCUGAAUGGCGCCGUACUCAUCAAACAUAA